AUGGUUUCCUUCGAAAAGCUCUAUCGUAAUGUUAAAAGUAUGGAAAUGUCGUCCGAAACAAGAGAUCUUUUAAAAUCGCGGAUGAAAGAUUGGGCUAUUUCAUCUUUUGAAAUUUACAAUUCCUCAAAGAAACCCAAAAACCUGAGCGAUGAAGAACUUGAAGCUCUGUUUUCGUUGGCAAAUAAUUUGGACUUAGUUAUUCAAAAAUCUGACAAAGGAAAUUCAGUUGUUCUUGUCGAUAAAGAUAUAUACGUAAACAAGAUUAGUGAUAUUUUGAAUGACACAGCGAAGUUUGCAAAAGUUAAAUGUGAUAAAGAGAAGGAGCUGAAUUUUAUCAUCAAUCAAGAGAAAAAAGUUACAGCAGUUUUGAAAACUUUGCUUGACAACGGUUCCUUGGAAAGAAGAUUACAUGAAAAACUUAAACCAACUGGGUCAAAGCUAGGAAUAUUAUAUGGUUUAUGUAAAAUUCACAAAUCUAUUGUUAACGGAAGUCCACCUUUUAGGCCCAUUUUAUCGGCUAUCGAUACACCCACCUACAAUUUGGCUAAGUUUCUUGUACCACUUUUGGCACCCUUAACAGUUAAUGAGUAUACUGUUUUCAGCUCUUUUUCCUUUGCUGAAGAAAUUAGUAAACAGGACAGUAGUUUGUUUAUGGCUAGCCUAGAUGUUGAUUCUUUAUUUACAAAUAUUCCUUUGCAAGAAACUAUAGAUAUUUGUACUGAUUCUUUAUUUUCAGAGACUGACCCAGUCGGUAAUUUUUGCAAAAGUGAUUUUCGUAAACUCCUCUCUCUGGCCACAGAAAAUUCUUAUUUCACGUUUGACGGUCAACUAUUCAAGCAAGUCGAUGGGGUAGCUAUGGGAUCACCUCUUGGCCCCAGCCUUGCUAAUGCUUUUCUUUCGCACCACGAAAAGACUUGGUUGGAUAAUUGUCCAUCAUCCCUUAAGCCAGUGUAUUAUAGAAGAUAUGUUGAUGAUGUUUUUGUGUUGUUCUCAUCUCCUAGCCAUUUGCCUCUAUUUAAGGACUAUCUUAAUAGGCAACACAUCAACAUAUCUUUCACGUCUGAGUGCGAGGCCGAUAAAACUCUUCCGUUUCUUGACGUAUCUGUUUCUCGCAAUGAAUCGAAGUUUGUUACAUCUAUCUAUAGGAAGCCUACAUUUAGUGGUGUUUACACGAAUUACAACAGCUUUUUGCCGGAAGAAUAUAAAACGGGUUUGAUAAUGACAUUGAUUUUUCGGAUAUUUAAGAUUGUUUCUGAUUUUUCUAGGUUUCACUUAGAAAUGCAAGAUCUUAGAAACAUUCUGUUAAGAAAUGGCUACCCGUCAAGUUUGAUUGAUCAAUGCAUUAAGUCUUUUCUCGACAGAAUGUUUCAAGAUAAGAAAGUUUUCAGUACCGUGCCUAAGUCAGAAGUUCUUAUUAUUUUGCCAUAUUUGGGUAAUAUAUCGUUGAAACUGCGAACUCACUUAGUUAAAACAUUUGAUAAGCAUCUUCCGUGCUGUAAGCUUAGGGUUAUUUUCAAAUCGGGUUGUAGAAUUGGCAAUUUUUUCCGGUUUAAGGACCGUGUUUCAAAGGCUCUGCGUUCAAAAGUCGUAUAUAAAUAUCAGUGUGAUGGCUGCAAUGCCAUCUAUUAUGGGAAAACUAUGCGACAUUUGAAAGUUAGAGCCUGCGAACACAUGGCCGUUUCUGCCUUGACUGGAAAAUCCGUCAAAUCUAUUAACCCUAGUGCGGUUUUGGAGCAUGUUGUUUUCUGUAAAAAUAGACCAUCUUUAGAUAAUUUUUCUAUUAUCUCCUCCGCAUCUAAUAAUUUUGAUUUGGAAUUGAAGGAAAGCUUGUUAAUCCUUCCAAAAUGCAUUGAUAACUACUACUCACUUUCACUUCCUAAAGUAAGACAAUCUGAGAAUAAGAUUGCUACUUUCUUGAAAGAAACUUGUCCUGGAAUGUACUUUAAUAUUAAGGAGUUAUAG